CUCACCAACAUUGGAACGAAGAAUUAUUGCCGUUCCACAAGUCACGGUUUAGGCGGUACCUGUUCAUUCUUUCGUCUCCUUCCCGUACAAAUUGCUUGUCAUCCGUGGUGUCUGUUCGGGCACCGCCGCCAGCAUGCAGACAUGCCCUGUACCAGACAUCGACCGGGCGUUGUCCCCGUAUAUAGCGACGCGCGAAGAAACAUUGCAGGUGCGCAGGACGCUGUCUAAAUAUCUGACUGCUUCUCUUCGGCCUGUGAAUUCAACGACCCAAAAUCAGCACCUCGAUCACGAGAGCCCACACAGCCUUGGAGCAGUCGGCACAAAUCCUCCAGGACUCAAAGGCGCCCGAGGUGAAUACCUAGAAGCGAUAAGAAGUAACAAAUCAGCCCGAGCAAAACUUGAAAGACUCCAAGCUUCCUUGGAAGACCUGCAGCAGCGCCAUAUUGUCGAGGCUCCUAUGAAUGACUCAAGUCAAGAAAACGACAUGGUCCAGGGCUACAUAGCCCUGCUUCGACAACGACGACGAUUUGCAGAAAUGGAGCUCGUGCAAUCGUCGCUUGAGAAGUUACUCAACGUCAAUCCGAUCGAGGGACUAAAAGAUCCGCGCGACCGCGUCAAAGACUCGCUAGGUGAACAGCCCAAUCUUCCUGCGGAACGUUUGGAAUCACUGGCAAACAGUGAGACCUGUGCCUCGUCUAUUCUGAAGCUAAAGAAUGAGGUUCUGGAGGCAAGGUCGAGCAUGGACCGUGCGAAGGCUGCGCGAAGUGAAGUGCGCAGCACAUCGCGGGAUGCGCCGUCCCUGGCGGUGCAGGUAUAUGCACUCAGUUGUGCUCGGGAAGAGAUCCAAGACUGGAUACAAGUCGAACUGUCCAAGAUGGAUGAAGAAUCUGGUUUCGUUGAAGAUGCUUCGCCGGUCAAGCGGCCAGUUGCCUUACCCCACACCCAAGACCUCGCUUCAUCGGAGUCUCAAAUCCGAGACUGCUACAACCGAUAUACAGCUUCCCGCGCAGACGCCGUUGAGGGUCUUCAUUCACUCCAGCAGCCUUUAGCUACACGCCCAGAAAAUCCUGAUGGUCCUGAUCACGAUCGCAACAUUGCCAUUCAAAAAGCUUCCAGCGGGCAUCCCAAGCUUCUCACUGCUAGUCUGCUUCCUCAUCUAUCGCACCUUGCUCGCUCUCAUACCAAUGAGCGUCUCAUGCUGUUAGAAACCGUUUAUCUGCAGAACCAGAUGUCAUCUGCAGAUGAGACGAUAAGCGACUCAUUGGCAAGACUCGCUGAUGAAAGCCAUCUCUUACCAUCCGGGUCGCGAGCGAUCGAGCCUUGGGGUACGGUGGUCAACGAGCUCGAGGCACGCAACUUGGAGUCCACACAAGAAUGCUUGGAGAGCAGCCGUGCGAACAUCAACAACAUCACUACUAUCGUAGAUCUCUGUUCUCUUCACAGCAAAGUCCUGGACUCCAAAUAGCCUUCCUGCGGACGUCAUCCUGCUGUCUAUACCACGCAUGCUAUGGUCCAUCCCCGGAUUCCUCAUCAAGGCAUGCAUGCGUACAGUGUUUGAAUAUAUUGUUGUCCACUUCUUCCCAUGGAAAGAACGACGUCGCCCAGGUCAAGACCCGUCGGGCGAUCAAGAUCACAGUCUUGGCGCCACGCGCACGGCUUGCUCUCCACAUCUGCCGCGGUGGUCCCCACGUUUCUCUGUACCUAGCCGAUGUUGAAUGACAUAGCAGGUGCUGAACUUGGCGUUCCAUUCUAAAUCCGGACCAGUUGCGGGUUUGGUCUAUCAAAAAAUAUACGAGCAUGGGCAUGGUUCGUCAAAUUAGCCUUUUACACACCCUUG